GGGGGACUGAGCACAAACAAAGGGUGGAAACAGGAAGGGGGCAGGAGUGGGAGAUUGAACAAUUCUGGGAGAUGAGGUCCGAGACCAGGAGGUAGCUGUACUCAGGGAGUGGGGUGAGCUAGUAUGGGCCCCAAAAGGCACAAGGGGCCAAAGGGCUGUGUCUGAUGCCUGUGGGCAAGAGACUAUGGAGCGCCCUGCGGCGUGAUUAGCCGGAACAAUCUGAGGAAGGAGGGCUGCAGGAAGCCCAUCUCUCCAGGCCUGACCCCAGGAGACGUGCUGGGAAGGGACAAUGCCAGGCUUUCCUGGCUAGAUGAGUAUGCCAUCCUCUGGAGGCAGAAGACCCUCUGCAGCUCCUUGGAUGCCUCCCCUGAUGAGGGGUUCACUACUCUGUGAAGUCAGAAAGUUACCUUUGUCCUGAGCUGAAAUCUGCCUCCCUCCCUUCCCUCUUGCAAGUCACUUCUAGCCUAGUUCUCUGGGAAGGAAAAACCCAAACUGCUCCCUGGAAUAGCUAGCUACACCCCCCUUCUCACCAGUGUCCACACUCAUACCAGUUGAUCUGGUCCUGGCUGCGUUGGUGUUACUGGUGAGGGAGGCAUGGGUUUCCAGAGGGAGGUAGGAAGCAGAGAGCCAUCCACACUCUCCCACUGUGAGCUUAGCUGCCAACAUCCCCUGCCUCUCGCCCACUGCGUGGGCUCGGGCUGGCUGUGCAGCCAGGGUUAGGCCCAUGUGCAUGCCGGGGGCAGUUGGAUAUGUGCGCACGUGAGUGCACUUUGUAGCUAGGGGCUGGCCUCCACAGGGUUGACCUGUCUUGGCCUCUUACCCACAAGUUCACAGAGCAGCUGGGCGGCACAGGCAGGCACAUCUCCCCAACCCUGGGCCAGAGGACACCGGGUGUUCUUUGCUGUGCUGUGUCAUUGAGAGAGAAGAGAAUGUCCUCCCAGGCAGCGGCGAACCAGACCUCCUUCGGGGCCACAGAUGACUAUGGCAGCUGGUACAUCGACGAGCCCCCCGGCGGCCAGGAGCUCCAGCCAGAAGAAGUGGUGCCCUCCUGCCACCCCAGUGUGCCACCCAGUCUCCUCCAUGCCUGCCUGGCCGUGUUGUCGGUCCUCGUGUCGCUGCUGCUGGCCGUGCUACAGCAGCGCCGCCAGCUCUGGCCCCACUGUGGGCGUGGCAGGCCCGGAUUGCCCAGCCCUGCAGACUUCCUGGCGGGGGACAGGCCCCGGGCAGUGCCCACCGCUGUCUUCAUGGUCCUCUUCAGCUCCCUGUGCCUGCUGCUCCCCGACAAGGACCCGCUGCCCUUCCUGACCCUGGUGUUGCCACCCGACCAAGACGGGGAAACCGAAACUCCAAGAGAAGCCUGGAAGCUGGUGGCCCUGCUCUAUUACCCCGCCCUGUACUACCCUCUGGCCGCCUGUGCCACGGUCAGGCAUGGAGCUGCACACCUGCUGGGCAGUGCGCUGGCCUGGGCUCACUUUGGGGUCCAGGUCUGGCAGAGAGCGGAGUGUCCCCAGGCACCACAGAUCUACAAGUACUACUCCCUCCUGGCUUCCCUGCCUCUCCUUCUGGGUCUUGGAUUCCUGAGCCUUUGGUACCCGGUGCAGCUGGCGAGGAGCCUCAGCCACAGGACAGGAGCAGGCGCUAAGGGGCUGCAGAGUAGCUACUCUGAGGAAUAUCUGAGGGCUCUCCUUUGCCGGAAGAAGCUGGGAAGCAGCUCCCCCAGUUCCAAGCAGGGCUUCCUGUCCUGCACUCGGAUCUGCUUCAGACACUACAUCUACACUCCACAGCAAGGAUUUCAACUCCCCCUGAAGCUGGUACUUUCAGCCACCCUGACGGGCACAGCCAUUUACCAGGUGGCUCUGCUGCUGCUGGUGGGCGUCGUGCCCGCCAUCCACAAGGUGAGGGCAGGCGUGAGCACGGACGUGUCCUACAUGCUGGCUGGCUUCGGCAUCGUGCUCUCGGAUGACAGGCAGGAGGUGGUGGAGCUGGUGAGGCACCACCUGUGGGCUCUGGAGGUUUGCUACAUCUCUGCCUUGGUCCUGUCUUGCUCGCUCACCUUCCUCAUGCUGAUCCGCUCGCUGGUGACACACAGGGCCAACCUGCAGGCUCUGCACCGAGGGGCCCCCCUGGACCUGGGUCCUCUGCCCCAGAGCCUCCACCCCUCCCGCCAUGCCAUCUUCUGUUGGAUGAGCUUCUGUGCUUACCAGACUGCUUUUACCUGCCUCGGGCUCCUGGUACAGCAGAUCAUCUUCUUCCUGGGGACCGUGACCCUCGCCUUCUUGGUGUUCAUGCCCAUGCUCCAUGGCAGGGACCUCCUGCUCCUCCGCUCCCUGGAGUUCUCGUGGCCCUUCUGGCUGACCUUGGUCCUGGCUGUGAUGCUGCAGAACAUGGCAGCCCAGUGGGUCUUCCUGGACACGCACCAUGGACGCCCAGAGCUGACCAAUCGGCGAGCGCUCUAUGCCACCACCUUUCUUCUCUUCCCCAUCAACGUGCUGGUGGGCGCCUUGGUGGCUGCCGGGCGGGUGCUCCUGUCUGCCCUCUACAACGCUGUCCACCUGGGCCAGAUGGACCUCGGCCUGCUGCCCCCUAGAGCCACCACCCUCGACCCUGGCUACCACACGUACUGCAACUUCUUGAAGAUAGAGGUCAGCCAGUCUCAUCCGGCUGUGACCGCCUUCUGCGCCCUGCUCCUGCAGAGGCCCCGGCUCGCGGCAGCGCCCCAGGACGGCCCCAGGCUGGAGGAGGAAGAAGGAAUGCUGUUGCUGCAGACGAAAGACACUACAGCCAAGGCAGCUGGGUCCAGGGCCCACCGAGGCAGAGCCCGCUGGGGUCUGGCCUACACGCUGCUGCACAACCCAGCCCUGCAAGCCUUCCGGAAGCCGGCCCUCUUAGGUGCCCAGUCCUAAGGAUGCUUAAGGCCCAGCCACCUUGUCUUCAUCUGUACUGGGGGCUUCCCUGCCUGGCUCUCCUAGCAUCUCCCCAAACAUGGCUGCCUCUCUGCUUAGCACCAGCUCUGCCAACAGCUCCCCCAGGAUCAGCGCCCCAGUACCCAGUCCCAGAGGCCAGGGGCUCUGAGCCAGGAGUUGGGUGGAGGUGUGUCUGGACUACCAGCCUUGGGAAGACUCUAGUCUGCCUCAUUAGCCUUAUAAAGUGAGGACUCUGGAGAAAGCAAUCAGUGGUUUAGGCCCUUGGUCCAAGAGAGCCACACCCUCCCCAAGCUGGCUGUGCCACUGGGCCUCUUCCUGAGCGGAAUAGGUGAUUCAGGCUGGGGAAGCCUCAAAUUCCAGCUCAGCCCCGCUUCACCCUCAGCCUCACCACCGGGGACCAGACGCAGGGAUUCUGUCUCUCCUCCCACUCCGCCCUCUCCUCUCUGGGGGCCUCUUGGCCUGCAAGGCAGCUCUGUGCUCCCACCAGCAGCAAAGUCCCAGCUCCAACCAGGACCCACACCCUGAGCUGCCCACACUUGAGAGUCAGAUAUUUUUGUAGCUGGUGUGUCUUUAGGUAUUAUGAAAGAGGUGAGUGUAUUCCGCGUAAUAAACUUGUCCUUGAGAAACAGUCCUCCUUGGAGAGAGGGGCGCAGGGAAAACGGGCCACACUCAGUAAAUCAGCAUGUCAUGAGGCUUGGGUGGGGGUGGGGUGGUCCAGUCACACGUUGGGCUGAGCAGUGGGCGGGGCCCCAUCUCUGCUCCCCUUUGGGUGGUGGACAGGAGGCCCCAUGAUGUCACCCCCGAGUGGUGUGGGCAUUGGCUUUGGAAGGAAGACUUAGUCUGGUCUUAAGAAAUGACAAGAUGUAGGGAGGAAGAGAGAUUUCAGGAGAUGGGGAAGUAAUACGGGUCAAGGUGUGAAGGUGGGGGCUGUGCCUGCGAGUGCAGAGAGGAAGGGCCGCUAGCAGGGGUGUGGAGACGGAUUCGGGGGUCCAUUCCUCAGGAGGGCAAACUGAUUCCACAGCAGCCUGUUGAAAGUUGUCUUCCUGGCCCUCCCUGUGUUGGGGACUGACAGGGUCACAGGGACGGGAAGGCAGAUUGGGUCUCUGUCCUACACAAGAAAUAGUCACAAUGGGCGUAACCAGGCUGGGACACCGGGCACCAGGGGGGCUGUGAGCCAGAGGAGGCGACCUGAUCCAGAUGAGGAGAGGGCAUCUAGGAAGGCUUUCUGGAGGAGGUGGUGCCUGAGCCAAGUCUGGAAAGCUAAUUUAGUCAAAUGAGCAGGGAAAGGGUGUCCAGACCAAGGGAGCAGCAUAAGUGAAGGCACAGAGGAAGACACAUCCCAGAGCAUUAAGGGGACAGUUGCUAAAGCAUCCCAAGCAAGGUGGAAAAGGGUGGGUGACAUGAGAGAGCCAGUCCAAGGGACCAUGAGCCUGGCUGGGGAACUUGAUCCAAGCCUGCUCAGCUGUGAAUGGAGCGAGAGAUGCCAGGGGGUAGGAUGAUCAAGACUCGGCUAUCAUCGUGGACUGGACCCUUAAGCAUUUCAAUGUCCUACCCCAUUGUCCGUCACCUCAGGAAACUGAAGCCCAGAGAGAGAGAGAGAGAGAGAGCAACUUACCACAGGCAGCGCGGCACAGGGACUGGGCUCCACCCUGCCCUCAGAGGCCAGCUGUGCAGCCAUCCUUGACUGGCUGCUGGUGACACCAGCUCAGCAGCAGCUCCAGGGUGACCAUGGCCUGAGGGGCAGGGAGGCUCUACACACAGGAGGAUGGGGAAGGGGUCUAGUCAGCCCCCAGGCUCCUUGGCCUCCCUGCCUCUGAGUUGCUGGGUUCGGCCAUUGUGGGGCUCUGGGCUGAGGUUGCAGAGCCCCUCCCACGGGUCUUGUCCAUGUGGACUCCCAGAUUUUGAAAGGGCCACAGCAGUAGGGAGACAUCUCUGACUCUGCACAGAUAAGGGGCUCUGCAGCUCCAGGUUCUGACCCCACUCUCACGGUUCCCAUUCUAAGAAACCCCGAGAUUGCUGCCAGCACCUCCCCUCCAGACCAGUACUACUUGCUCUUUCGGGAGAGACUCCUAGGGAAAAACUUGCCUCCAGAACACCACUUCUUCCUAGAAAGCACCACUCAUUUUCUCUGACUGCUCCUUCAGAUGUGUUCCUUCUCCGUCUCUCUGGGUCUCACGCUCCCCUCUCUCUCCCCAGUCCUGUCCCUUCCCUGUUCCCAUCCCCCCUUAUCUGCACACACCCUGCCCCCGCCCUUUUACUCUCCCCCCUUCCCUAACAUCUCUUCCAAGAGCAGGACUGGGGAGAGGGGCCACAACCCAGGCCCCCCUCCAAAAUGCAGCUUCAGGCCACAGCUGGCCUAAAGGACCACUCAGUGCCACUGGGUGCCCCAGGGAGGCCUCUGAAAUGGUGGUGAGGCUCGAACCCCUGAUUUCGCAGGAGCUCU